UUAAUUAUUUAAGUAUAUGUAUCAAUUCGCAUCAUGAAAUUAUAAAAGUUUUCCCACCUCUCCUCCACUCUUCCUCAUCUCCUACUGCUACUAUUGCUUGAUGCUUCAGAAGUUAAAUUGGAUUCUUUAAUUUUUUGUUUAUCUCCUCUCUCUCUCUCUAAGUCUUUGUUUUCUCCUGAGAUUUGUCGACUGAUUUGGAGAAGCAAUUGAUGGCAACUACUGCAGGUCCAAGUUCUGACAGUAACUACAACAUCAAGAAUAUACAGGUGGACGAACGAUCUGUAGAAGAAAGGGCAAUAGAUGAUUGGCUACCAAUCACUUCUUCAAGAACUGCGAAAUGGUGGUAUUCAUCUUUCCAUAAUGUAACUGCUAUCGUUGGAGCUGGAGUUCUUAGUCUCCCUUAUGCCAUGUCUCAACUGGGAUGGGGGCCUGGAGUGGCAGUCUUGGUCAUAUCUUGGAUUGUUACUCUCUACUCUUUGUGGCAAAUGGUAGAAAUGCAUGAAAUCGCACCUGGAAAACGUUUAGAUAGGUAUCACGAGCUUGGACAGCAUGCUUUCGGGCAGAAGCUUGGCUUGUGGAUUGUGGUGCCUCAGCAGCUAAUUGUUGAAGUUGGAGUCGACAUAGUUUACAUGAUUACCGGAGGCCAAUCACUCAAGAAGUUCCAUGAUUUGGUUUGCCAGGACUGCAAAGAUAUCAGGCUUACAUAUUUUAUCAUGAUCUUUGCCUCUGUCCACUUUAUACUCUCCCAACUUCCCAGCUUCAAUUCAAUCUCUGGUGUCUCUUUGGCAGCAGCAGUUAUGUCCGUGAGUUACUCGGCAAUUGCAUGGGGUGCCUCAGUCGACAAGGGCGUGCAACCUGACGUGCAAUAUGGGUAUAAACCCGGGAGUACAGCUGAUACUGUUUUUGACUUCUUUAGUGCCUUGGGGAUAGUUGUUUUCGCAUACGGUGGUCACAAUGUCGAGAUGGAAAUUCAAGCUACUAUGCCUUCAACACCGGAGAUCCCUUCAAAGGUCCCUAUGUGGAGGGGAGUAAUUGUUGCUUACAUAGUUGUUGCUCUAUGCUACUUCCCUGUUGCUAUCAUCGGGUACUGGACUUUCGGCAAUACGGUAGCCGACAAUAUUCUGAUCACCCUAGAGAAACCUAAAUGGCUUAUUGCCAUGGCUAACAUGUUUGUUGUAAUUCAUCUCAUUGGUAGCUAUCAGGUCUACGCAAUGGCAGUUUUCGACAUGAUGGAAACUCUGCUCGUAAAGAAACUGAAGUUCAGACCAACUUGGCGUUUGCGCUUCAUUUCAAGGAGUACUUACGUUGCUUUCACGAUGUUUAUUGCCAUCACCUUCCCUUUCUUUAAUGGGCUUCUUGCAUUUUUCGGAGGAUUUGCUUUCGCACCAACCACAUACUUUCUACCGUGUAUCUUAUGGCUUGCGAUCUGCAAACCAAGGAGGUUCAGCUUGUCUUGGUUCACCAAUUGGGUCUGCAUAAUCUUUGGGGUUCUUCUGAUGAUUGCUGGACCCAUUGGAGGGCUAAGACAGAUUAUACUCCAAGCCAAAACCUAUAAAAUCUACGGUUCUACUUGAUAGGCGUGGAUGGAACUAGGUAUUAGUAUUAUCUCAUGUUUUUUUUCUAAUUUUGCGUUAUUGUUGCUCUGUAGAGUAAAAUUAAAUUAAACCCUUUGUAGUCUUCGUUGUGACUUUUUCAGUAGAGAUAUGCAUAUGUUUGUGUGCGUUCAAGGUUUUGUACUGUGAGAAAGGAUCACAAACAUGGAGCCAGAGCUUAUGCAAUAGCAAACGGCAACCAAGCUCCAAACUGAAAAUGUUCUUAUAAAUUUGUAUGAACAAUUCAAGUGCUGGAAACUCAGAUAUAGUGUUUAAAUUCGUAUUUUAAGUGUUUUGUUGUAUUUUAUGGAGAUAGAGGAAGAAAAACAAAAAUAUAUAAGUAUGUAUUAGAGAUAAUAUGUAUGUAUGGAUUUG